AUGGUUACAGGUUUAGAUGCUAAUAUCGGUGAUGAUCUUUCUUUACUUGAACAAUUUAAAUUCAUUGAAGGUCGUCGAUACCCAAAUGAAAAAAAUGUUCAUUAUUUUCCCAAUGAUGAAGAAGAAGUUGAUCGAUCAAGAGUUGAACAUUAUAUUUGUACCUGGAUUUUAGAUUUAGCCGCUUCUUAUACAUCCUCAACAUUUGUAGGUGUAGAUUUUUCACCUAUCUUUCCUAAAUCAUCUUUAACCCCACCUAAUGCAGGUUUCCUUCGUCAUAAUGUAUUAGAAGGUUUACCAUUUCCUGAAUCAUCAUUUGAUUUCGUUCAUCAACGAUUUUUGGAAUGGUCAUUUGGUCAAUUAGGAUGGGAUGACUUGUUUUUAGAAAUUGUUCGAAUAUUAAAAGAUGAUGGAUGGUUUGAAAUUAUGAAUCAUGUUUCGGAUUUACGAAAUUCUGGACCUCGUACUCAAAAGUUAUCAAAAGCUUAUAUACAAUGUGAAGAAAGAAUGUAUCCACUGGGGAAAUGGGCAGGUCGAAUUGGUCAAAUUGCAAAAUUAAACUAUAAUUGUGCAAUAAAGGGAAUGAAAACAUUUUUACUUCCAUUCAUGAACAUCACCGAUGAAGAAUUUCAAGCAUUACUUGAAGAUUCCGAGAAUGAGGUUAAUGAUUAUCAAACUUAUAUAUGUACAUAUAGAGUAUUUGGAAGAAGAAUCGCAAGGCCACUUUCACCAUUAUCAUCUUCUUCAUCUUUGUUAUAA